AUGGGUGCCGAAGAUGAAGCCACUAUCUUAUUUAAUUCCACAUUUGUUCGUCCUGCACAAUUCUAUAUUGGUGGAUUUUCUGAUGUCCCCCAUGAUAAGUAUUACUAUGUCUUUUUAUCUUUUGUCUACAUCCUGACAGUUAUUGGAAAUGUUGCUCUUCUCUCAGUUAUCUACCUGGCAAAAACUCUCCAUACUCCUAAAUACAUGAUUGUGUUCAAUCUGGGUUUGGCAGAUUUGUGUGGCAGCACUGCUCUAAUCCCAAAACUCCUGGAUACUUUUUUGUUGAACAGGAGAUACAUUGCCUAUGAAGCUUGCAUCAGUUACAUGUUUUUUGUUUUGUUUUUUACCAGUUUGCAGUCAUGGACACUUGUCAUAAUGGCUUAUGACAGACUCAUAGCAAUCUGCUUCCCUUUAAACUACCAUAAUGUUGUGACUGUCACAAAUAUUGCUGCUAUGCUGCUGUUUAUGUGGGUUUUUGUGUUGAGUUUAUUAGCAUCGACUGUCAGCCUAAUUAAUCGCCUCUCCUUCUGCAGAUCUGUCGUAAUUGAAAGCUUUUACUGUGAUCAUGGACCAAUAUUUCAUCUUGCCUGUAAUGAUUGGUCCUUAAACAGAUUAAUGGCCUAUGUGGGUUUCAUCACAAUACUUUGUAUUCCUCCAAUUUUAAUAGUACUCACUUAUGUUUGCAUUGUCAUAGCACUGAGUAGGAUUGCAUCAGGGAAGGAACGACUCAAAGCUCUGAAAACAUGUACAUCUCACCUGGCCCUUGUGAUCAUUUUUUUCUUACCACUAAUGGGAACCAAUAUAGCAGCAGUGGCCUCCUACCUCCAUCCUAAUGCUCGCAUCAUAAACGCCACUUUGACACACACCAUACCAGCUCUGCUGAAUCCAAUUGUGUAUUCUUUAAAGACAGAAGAAGUAUUUAGUACAUUUAAGAAGUUUUGCACAAAAAUCAGUAAUCGCGCAUCUUUCAACGAGAUGUGCAGUGACCUGUCAAUGAGCUGGGGUGGCACUUGCACCUGA